AUGGAUGACACUAUAAAAGAGUCUGCUUACUUACUCAGCAUUGCAUAUUUACUAUUGGGUUUAAUUUUUAUUUUGUUGGCCCUUUAUAGUAUACCGUGUCUUUGGAAAGCUUGGAAAUGUAGACAAUUCUUUCCAAAAAUUUUUUAUCUGUUUAUAUUAGCCAUUUGUUGUGACUAAGCAACAUACUAGGUGCUCUAUUUAUAUGAAGUAUUUAGAACUUAUUUCAAAGGUCAUCACAGCCAUAAAGCAAGAAAAAGAUGAGAACUCAUAAACAGAAUCAUUCCGUAUAAUUUUCUUUCAAACAAUCUAUGUUCCAGAUGCCAUCUUUUUUGUUAUCUACUUUUCACUAUUUUGGCAGUUCUUGAUAAUGAUGCACCAUGGUAGAAUUAAAACUGGAAGCAUUUUAGUUGGUAUAACAUAUGUCAAAUAAAUCAGGUAAAAGGAACUGGAAUCCUGAGUAAGCUAAUUCAAAAGUUCGUUUAAUAUUAUACCUGUAUAUAAUUGGUCAAGCUACUGUAAUUUGGUUAUUCAUGGCCUAGGGACUAUCCCCGAAAGCAAUAAUGAUAUGCGAUAUAGCAGUUAAUGCUUCUGUGCCAAUUAUUGUAAUAAUAAUGGUUCUGUACCUAAAUAUUAAAUUUUCUGGGUCACCUUUUGUGUCUAACAGAUAUGAGAAAAGUAACAACAAAAUACAAUAACUAUUAUGGAUUUGGAUUUUAUUAAGAAUUCCUUAAUUGGCUGUUAAUGUUGUAGUAGUUGUUUAUAAUGAUGAGUUAAUAGCUUUAAUGGGUGGGAAAUUGAAGGUAACCUUUAUUGAAUAGUUAUUUUUGAUUUUGUUUAUAGUUGGGGAUAUUAUAAUUGUGUAAAUUAUCCCAGUGAUGAUGGCGAUGUCUAAUAGUUUUUUGAGUGCAUUACUACUAGAUCACAAUAGAAUGAAUUAACUUUUCAGCGUGGAAACCUUUUCAGGUGAAAUAAAUGUUUAGGAAUAAACAUAAGGUUAAGUUCCUCUUAAAAACAACCCAAGAGAUGAUUCAUUAUUUAAAGACUUAAAAUUAAAAGAUUUAGAUAUUAAUGACAGACAAUUCUUUAGGAAAUACAAUGGAUUUGGGGAGAUUAAAGUGGCCACUAUUAAAAGAGACGCUAAGAAAUAUGCAGUCAGAAUUAUUUAAUUUAAAGAAUUAAGUUCCUUUUUAAUAGAUGAAACUAAAUAAGAAAUUGAGUAGAUCAAUAAAAUUAAAAAGGGAUAUAAGAUUCUUUGGUUUGAUUUUAAUGAAUCUAGCAUGUAUUUAUUGUCAAAAUAUUAUCCUAAUUCAAAUUUAAAUAACUUUAUUCAUAAAAACACUGGUACUGAUAAUUAGCAAAUCAAAGAUAUCACAAGUAGUUAUACAAAUAAAUAGUUGUUGAUUCGAGUUAAUAUUGCUACAGAUCUCAUUAAAGCUAUAUAGAACUUGCAUGAUUAAAAUGUUGUUCAUGGUCAUCUAAAUUCAAGUAAUGUGUUGUUUAACGAUAAAUUCAAACUUAAAAUUGUGGAUUAUGGACUAAGAGCAAUAAAAAAAUAUGCUAGUUUAGUUAAUGGAUAUGUUAAUAAAAAUGGAUAUAUAGCACCUGAAUGUUUGAGCGAUAAGGGUAGUGUUGUUUCUCACUCAGCCAUCAAAGAAUCUGAUAUCUAUUCAUUCGGAAUGAUUCUCUAUCAAUUAUUUACUGAAACUAUACCAUUCUUUGUAUUUAUUUCAUCUUAAAUAGAAUAUGCCAUAAAAAGAAAUAAUUCAACUUGUUUAAGAAUAAUAAUCAAGACCAAAAAUUCCAGCUUCACUUAACUCAAAUAUUGCUACUUUAAUUAGAUGCUGUUGGUAAUAAGACCCCGUUAAAAGACCUAAUUACAAUUAGAUUCUAUAAACUUUGAAAUAAAUAUCAGAUAGUUUAGAAUGA